UGGCGGUCGCUGCCGGGAUAUCCAUCCCUCCUGUCAGCCGCCUCUCCCGCAGCGGGGCGGCAAGACCCGAGCCCCGUCGAAUGGGCCGCGAAGGGGCGCGUCCGCCCUGGACUGCGGGGUCUCUCCCCGCGCUCGGUCCACCUCUUCGUGUGGGUUCCUUGGAGGCAGAGUUGUGGGCUCCGAGCCCUUUCUGCACGAGGAAUUUCUCUUAUGCGAGCAGGGGGCCCUGUGCUGGGAGGCGUUUUAACACCGGGAUGUCCUUUCUGGGCUGGCAGCUGGCGCUUGGCAUUGUGAUCUAAUUGUCCUCAAGCACCAGCCGGCCCGCGGCCGAUGUCUCGGCGCUGUGCUCGAUCCCUCUUCCACGCGGGAAAUAUUUAGCCGCUCAUCAUCUGGACUGCGUACGAAAAAGCGCACGGGGUACGAAUGAUGAUGGCUUUUGCCGUGUUAAUGGGUAAUGUUUCUACUACCGGUAACUUCCGCCGAGAGCAGCACACUCAGCAUUCACGGAGCUAAACUACCCGCACUCUGCCUGGCGAGGGACAAAAUUCCUUCGGAGGCUGAAGAGACCCUUCCAAAUCUUAGAGGAAAUGUCUGUGUAACUUAAAAAUGGCCGAAGAAAGAAUGUUUAUCUACAUCCAAAAAUUUGUGAAACUGGCGAGCUUCUUGUUUUCCUGUUGAUUGAAAAGAGCAUUGGACCAUAGCCUUGUUUGUUGUCUGGGUUAGAGGCUCUUUGUUAGAAUUAAAAGUGAUUUAUCUUAAUUGGACCUAGCUGGUGUCUUCUGGUGCCCUCCUAAUAUGAGUAGGAGCCACUGCUGCCAGGUCUUGGUUGGUGCUCCCAAGGCAGAAUCUAAAUACAGCACCUCUGUUCAGUCCCCAGGAGCAGUGUUUAAGUGUCGAGUCCAUACCAACCCUGACAGAAGAUGCACAGAACUGGAUAUGGGGAGAGGCAAUUCUCGGGGCAUGCUUUGUGGAAAGACCUGUAAGGAAGACAGAGAUGAUGAAUGGAUGGGUGUGAGCCUAGCUAGACAGCCAAAGGCUGGUGGAAGUGUGCUGGCAUGUGCACACCGCUGGAAAAACAUCUACUAUGAGACAGAGUAUAUCUUGCCCCAUGGCUUCUGCAACAUCAUUCCUCCUGACCUGCAGUCCAAAGGGAGGAAGCUCUUGCCCUGCUAUGAAGAGUACAAGAAGAAGUAUGGGGAGGAGCAUGGUUCAUGCCAGGCAGGGAUCGCAGGCUUCUUCACCAAGGAACUGGUCAUCAUGGGCGCACCAGGAUCUUACUAUUGGACAGGAACUGUCAAAGUACUGAAUCUCACUGACAACACAUACUACAAGCUGAAUGAUGAUGCUGUGAUAGCCAGGAGGUACACAUACCUUGGAUAUGCAGUGACAGCAGGUCAUUUCUCUCAGCCGACUAUGACUGACAUUGUAGGAGGAGCUCCCCAGGAUGGAGGCAUCGGAAAGGUUUAUAUUUUCAGAACGGACAGACAAUCAGGCUCUCUAAUAAAGAUUUUUCAGGCUUCAGGAAAAAAGAUGGGCUCUUACUUUGGCUCCUCCUUAUGUGCAGUUGACCUGAAUUCUGAUGGUUUGUCAGACCUACUGGUUGGAGCACCUUUGUUUUCUGAGAUCAGAGAUGAGGGUCAAGUCACAGUCUAUAUCAACAGAGGAAAUGGAGUGCUGGAAGAGCAGCUCACCCUGGAUGGUGACAGUGCCUAUAAUGCACACUUUGGGGAGAGCAUGGCUGCCCUUGGUGAUAUUGAUGAUGAUGGCUUCCCAGAUGUUGCCAUUGGAGCGCCUAAGGAGGAUAACUACAUAGGAGCAGUGUACAUUUACCAUGGGGAUGCCAAUGGUAUUAUCCCUCAAUACUCUAUGAAGCUGUCUGGACAAACAAUAAACCCAAAGCUGCGUAUGUUUGGCCAGUCCAUAUCAGGAGGUGUUGAUAUGGAUAGCAAUGGUUACCCAGAUAUGACUGUUGGAGCUUUCCUGUCAGACAAUGUGGUACUACUGAGAGGUGGGACAUCUUGGUUCACCAAAUUAUGCAGGUGGAGAGUUAGAGUGCAAAUGACCUGGGUAACAGAAUGGAAAGCUGGAUUUUUAUCCAGGCCUGUCAUUACCAUGGAUAUCGCCAUUUUCCUGCCCAUAUCUAUCAAUAUCACAGCUCCUCAGUGCCAUGAUGGUUUGCAGCUGGUGAACUGCCUCAAUGUCACAGCAUGCUUUCGUUUCAGUGGCAAACAUGUUCCUGGAGAAAUAGGUUUGAAUUACAACUUGACCGCUGAUGUGGGAAAGAAGGAAAAGAGCCAGCAACCCAGAGUUUAUUUUGUGACUUCUGGAGAGACAGCAGGGCAGAUUACAGAGAAGUUACAACUGUCAUUCAUGCAGGAAAAAUGUGAGCAUUACCUAGCAUAUGUCAAGAAAAGAGUCAAGGACGUCAUCUCUCCAAUUGUAUUUGAGACAUCAUACAGCCUUGGGGAACAUGCAAUAGAAAGAGGAAAAGAGGACAAGGAACUAACUGCUCUGAAGCCCAUUCUUCGCUGGAAGAAAGGACAAAAGAUAGCACAAAGGAAUCAGACUGUUUUUGAGAGGAACUGUCAAUCUGAUGACUGUGCUGCUGAUUUGAAACUUCGGGGUAAAUUAUUGCUAUCAAGUGUUGAUGACAGAACUGCCUACCUGGCGCUGGGAGCAGUGAGGAACAUCUCACUUAACAUUUUGAUCUCCAACACUGGUGAUGAUGCCUAUGACACCAAUGUUUUCUUCAAUUUUUCUGGAGAGCUCUUCUUCAUCAAAAUGUGGCAAAAGGAGGAGCUGGGCAUUGCUUGUGAGUUACUGGAGUCAGAUUUCCUCAAGUGCAGCGUGGGAUUUCCUUUCAUGAGAUCCAAAUCUAGGUAUGAGUUCAGUGUGAUCUUUGAUACAAGCCAUUUGACCAGUCAGGAAGAAACACUUACCUUCCUUGUCACUGCCCAAAGUGGAAACCUAGAAUGCACUGAAUGUCUGCAUGAUAAUACUCUAAUCCUGUCUGUGCCCCUGAUGCAUGAGGUGGACUCAUCCAUCAAUGGAGAAGUCUUCCCUACUUCAUUUUUCUACGGUGAUUCUGUGGCAGCUUCCAACUUUGUUCAGUUGGAAAACCAUGAAUGCCUUUUCCAGUCUCUCAACUUCACACUGCAGGUUUACAAUGCUGGACCAAGCACUCUUCCUGGAGCUUUUCUUGAUAUUUCAAUUCCAAACCGCCUCUCUGCCACUGGAGCUGAAAUAUUUCAUAUUCAGCAGAUGAUGGUUGGUCAGGACAAAGGAAGCUGUUCAUUCAAUAGAAACCACAGCCCAUGUGUUGUUCCUCAAGAAAAUGAAAAUAUUUUCCACACAAUAUUUGCUUUUUUCACGAAGUCUGGCAGAAAAGUAUUGGACUGUGAAAGACCAGGCAGAUCUUGUUUAAUUGUACACUGCAACAUAAGCUCACUACCUAAAGCAGAAUCCUGUGAUAUAAAUAUCUACAUGCUGCUGAAUACCGAGAUACUCAAGAAGGACAGUUCAUCGGUCAUCCAGUUUGUCACAAGGGCAAGGCUGCAGGUGGACCAUGACCUCAGAGUUGUGGAGGUGCCCAAUGGGAACCCAGAAGAAAAAACAGUGGUCUUUGAGGCCUUGCACAAUCUGGAACCUCGUGGGUAUGUUGUUGGAUGGAUCAUUGCCAUCAGUUUGUUGGUGGGAAUUCUCAUCUUCCUGUUGCUGGCCGUGCUCUUAUGGAAGAUGGGCUUCUUCCGCCGGAGGUACAAAGAAAUUAUUGAGGCUGAAAAGAGCAAAAAGGAGAAUGAAGAUAGUUGGAACUGGGUCCAGAAAAAUCAGUAAACUGCCCAUGAAAACAAAACUGCCCAGUCACGUGACAUGCACUCGCUAGUCUAUAGGUCCGGCUCUCGUAUCUUCCAUAUGUGGAAGAAGGAAUCUUCUCCAGAUUUUUCGGAGACCCCAUUGAUGCUGUGUCUUUAUUACUUCAAAAACCUAGGGAACAUAUCCUGAGGCAACCACUGCAGCCAUGUCAGGUGACUGGUGCAAUUCACACUUCAUUUAAGAGUUGAACUUUGAACUUUGGUAACCAAGCUGCAGUGCAGAGCAAUAUUUAUGAAUCCAACCAUGUAGUAUGCCCUCAGGGGAAGACUUUUACCUAAGAAUAUUUUUUAUAAAUACAAGCUCUUUAUAUUGAGUAUGUCUUUAUAUUUGUAUUAAUGUUUUAUAAUUUUUAUUUAAUAGCUAUAUAGUUCACUCAAGCACUGAUAUCUGGCUAAAUCUUUGGAAAUACAUACAUACAUAUAUAUAUAUAUAUAUAUAUAAAAAUUCUAUUGUACUUUUAAACACCAAUGCAAGAGAGAAAAGAGAGAUUUGCAGAUAAAAGUAGCUGGAAUCCUUGUAUACUUAAUUCACAACUCUUGGUAAUAUCAUAUAUAGAUCAUUUAACACAAAUAAGCCAAAAUCUUUUUACUGUCUCUUUCUUUAAGUUAAAUUUCAUAUUUGAUUUUUAAGCUACAGAACCUAAAGUAUUUCAAAGUAUCUUGAGUCUGUCCUUUACUAGCCUGGAUGGGAGAGGAUAAAAAUACUUCUUCAGUGACAUGGAGCAAACAGUGAGCUUUGGCUCACUGAAGAAAGUAGCACAGAAUGUUCUCUUUGGGAAGUUUUCUUUUGCAGUCUCUAGGACUGUGCAGUUGAGAUACCAGAAGGACAAAUAAUUGGGCAAACCACUAUGGCAUUGACAAAUUCCUUUAAAUAAUUUUUAAAAGGUAAUUAAGUAAUAUUAAUAUUAAGAUGGAUAGUUUUAAAGCUACUGUUAAAGAUUGUGAUCUGUUGCUGUCAAAGCAAGUGAUAAAUUGCUACAUGAUGUGAGCAUUAUGCCUUUCAUGUGAGUUACAUACUUGAGUCAUGAUUUUGUUUAUAUGAUAAUUUUUUAAGAGAGAUAAGUAGAUGCAGGGAUUAAAAUAUUUGGAUAUUUGAGUCUUGAGAUUGCCUAUCUGGAUGUUCCAAGUACUGAAUGUAUUUCCUCAAGAAUUUAGUAGGAAGUUUAGUAAAGAUGCAGGUGUUACUGGAUCUCAGCUUGCCACUUUUAUUGCUGGUAAUUUUUAACAAAUUGUUUGUUGAAUUAGAAGAAAUCCAGUUGUAAUUAAUUCAAACAAGUUUCUUCAAAAAGCUCUUGGAUUUCUGAAUAGAAAUAGUGGAACUUUGUAAGACUUGGGUUUAGAUUCUACUUGUAUUUUAUACUUUGUGUGAAUGAGGAAUAAAUGUCAUGUUGGUAUAAAAUCCAUGUACAGGAAAGAAGGGCCAAGCCCUGUGGUAGAUAGUGAAACCAGGAUUGAAAGGUUUCAGGAUGUCUUCUUCCUUAGGAGUGUGGUAAAAGAACAGCUGGAAGUUUGGAAACUUAAAUGCAGAGAACAUGCAAGAAAUCUGCUUGAGAACAGGUCUUGCUCUUCCUUGCCAUAUUCAUGAUAGCUUCAAAUUAUAAAAAUAGACCACAUUCAUAUUCCUGUUUGCUUUUUACCAUCAUCAAGUGUCUGCCAUUACUACAGUAUUGACCGAUAUUUAUUAACUCUUAGCCAUCUGCAUGCAUUAGGGAGAAAAUAGUUUUAAAGUGAAUUAAGUGUAUUGAUUCAACAUCUGACAAGAAAAACUCACAAGUUGCUUGGGUUAUCUGAGAGAGAAAUUAUGCCUGAUGUAAACUCCAAGCCUGUAUACCACUUAAGCAAUAUUUUGUUUUCAAAGUGGCAAAGACUUCUGUGAGCAUAACAGUGAAAUUAUCCUGUUCAAUGCCUAAAUGCAUAAAUGAUAAUGAUCCCACAUACCAAGUCAGUGAUGUGCAGGUAGCCCAGUUUGCUGAAAGCAAUAGAUAUGAAAAAUUUUUCUUUGACAAGAUUUAGUAUCCAUUUUCUUGAAUGUGUUCUGUUUAUGGGCACAUUUUUUAGUUUUGCACAACUUUAAAGCAUAGUGUCCAUUUGACAUGGAAAUAUAUAAUACUGCUUUCACUAAAGAAUUAAGGGAGUCACAGAAUUAAUCCCAAGUCUACCCACCUGCUAGGGUUCCUUGGAUAUAAAUGAAAAUAGAUUUCAUUCAUUGAAUGUACAUUGAUUAAACUGGCAUGAAGACCAAUUGCUUUUGGAGCUUGGUUUGCAUGCACAGUAGAGUACCUGCACCAUUGUCCCUUCUUUUUCUUAGAAUGUUCUUUCUUACAUAUUGUGAAAUUGUAUAUUUCUUUUUGUGAACUUGUGAUUGGAAGAAUAUGUUCACUCUUACUGAUAUCACCUGUAUUUAGAAGCUUGUGUUCACCUUUAUUCUGAUUCACUUGCACUGUUUUGGAAAUGUCAGGUUUACAAAAAAUACAACUUUUUGAAAUAAAAAAAUGACUGCAGAAUUAUCCUAAUAA